AUGCUGUCCCGAGCCCUCACAGCGAAGCCUAGGAAGAUCAGUACGAUCUUCAAAUAUGGGUCAAAGUCAACAUUCGGAUGGAGCAAAUCGGUCUCGGUGAGCGAAUACGACGACUUCAGCACGGCCGUUGGAUUCAUGGAAGAUCAACCGUUGGUCCACUGCGGCCCAAAUCAUCACGGCAAGAUCAUCAUGAAACAGUACUCGUCAUCAUCAUGUGGGGAUCACGACACGGGGUGGACCCACGGCCAGCUGAUGCUGAACGAGGUUUUGAGGGCUUCGGUUGCGGUGUUGGGGGACCAGAGCCGGCUGGGGAUGAGUGAGAAAGUGGUGCUUUCGGGAGGGAAGAUUUGUGUGUUGAAAAGGUUUAGGAAACUGAGUGUUGGGAAGAGUGAGUUUGGGAAGAGAUUAGAGAGGUUUUUUCAGGUGAGUGUUAAGUCAAAGAAUAAUCUUGUGCCUGUCAUGGCUUAUCUCUAUGCUAAGAGGAUCAAGUUUGUUCUAUGUGAUUAUUAUCCUAUGGGCAGCCUCGCAGACUUGCUUGCUG